AUGACCAACAACCACAAGUUGCCACCAACACGCGGGCCUAUCACAAGUGCCACAACACAGAUCGCAGUCAACUGUGCACCAACACCACAUAUCACUAACACGAACGCCGACAACUGUGCCACCACAACAUGUGUACCAAGAACCACCAAAACAGAACCGCCGACAACUGUGCCACCCAACGACCAAAUGUGCCACCAACAGAACGCCGACACUGUGCACACAACCAGCACAGUGCCUCCAACAACAGAACCGACAACUGUGCCACCAACACACAGAACCAACAACAGAACCGCGACAACUGGCCACCACACAGCACAAUGUGCCAACAACAGAACCGCCGACAACUGUGCCACCAACACAUGCCACCAAAAGAACCGCCGACAACUGUGCACAACCACCACAGCACAAAAACAGAACCGCAACGCCCCAACACAGAACGCCGACAACUGUGCCACCACAACACACAGUGCACCAACAACAGAACAGCGACACGACUGUGCCACCAACCACAAUCAAACAACAGACGCCACAACUGUGCACCAACACCACAGUGCACAACAACAAACGCGACAACUGUGCACCAACACACAGUGCCACCAACAACAGAAACAGCCGACAACUGGCAGAACCACAAGUGCCAAACAACAGAACGCGAAAACUGUGCACCAACACACUAAGUGCCACACACAGAACCCAUCAUACUGUCAACCAGCACGGCCAUAA